GAAAGUGGUGGAUUUUAAGGUUAUAAUCAGUGGACGAGUUCUAUGAGUAUAUGAAUACGCAUAACCUCUGAAUAUCUCACAACCGUAGCGUUAAAUAAACAUUUUGAAAACACAAAAUGAGUGCCACUACGCUACACAAAGUAAUUUUGAUUACUGGUUUUAUUUCCUUGCUGCAUGCAGCAUACUCAGCGGCUCAGCAUCGAUCAUAUUUACGUAUAACGGAGCAAGAAUUUAUAACAUUACCUGUAGACAUUAUAACCCAAGGCAUUGCAAGUCUCUUCUUAGUCAUGUACGCAGUCAUGUUUAUAGCAGGUGACUUCAAAGAAAUACGUGCCGCGGUUGACUUGGAAAGUAAAUCAUGGGAAACGCUGAGGAACCUGCCAUCUUUUCAGAUGUAUAAUCAUCGUGGUAGAUCGCUAUCCCCUUACUAUUUACCACAGGUUCAAAAAUCAUCUCUUGAAGAUGAUUUACUGACAAUGAAUUGAGAACAGACUGUUUGGCGUGAAUUAUUUAUGUAUUUAUUCUGUAACACAACUGGGCAACAUGUCAGUAAAUAUAUGCUUGACGAUAUGGUUUAAAUCAAUGCAUAAAAUUCCAAAAGAUUGAAGCAUCCAAUAA